UUCUAAGGUUGAUGAUCAGUGCACUUCGGAACGCAGUCAAAGUAUUCCGAAGUUAUCCCAUCUCUGAAAUGUAGGUUAGACUGCAUCCAUCAGUGUUUGUAAUCUUGACGUGUGACGAGAGGUCUGAGAUACAGUCUCGAGCGUUGAAUUUGUGUACCUUUCCGAUAUUGUUUUCAGUUUUUAUUUAUUCGCGUUUUUAAAUAAUUAACAUAUAUCAUGGCUACGGACGAUUCGUGGAAAACGCAAAACUUCCGACAGAGCGUGGUCGCAAAGAUCGACGAGGCGAUACAAGUGUCUGGCAUGCCCACAACAAAAAACAGCAUGGAAAUGGAGAACCACGUCUUCCAAAAAGCUAAGACUAAGGAAGAAUACUUGGGUUUUGUUGCCAGAUUAAUUCUUCAUGUCAGAGAAAUGAAUUCCAAAAAGGCUGCGGCUGGCAAUGCAUCAGGUACUGCUGGUGCCAACAAUCAAGGCAUGCCCGAUCCAAUUGGCGCCCUUCAGACGUUGGCACGUCAGGGCACAGGAAAUAAUCAAAUGAUGGGCAUGGGAGGUCCGGGCCCCAAUCAUCAGGGUAUAAUCCCACAACCACCCGCGAAUACCGCAACUAAUCUUUUGCAAAGUUUAAAUCAACGGCCUGGCCAACCAAUGAAUAUGCCCGGUAUGCAAAACAAAAUGCCAGGUAUGGGUAUGAUGCCGUCGCAAACUGGUGGUCCAAUGAAUCACAUGGGCCCGAUCCAGACUAUGCAAAACAAUCCUAUGUUGACUCAAAUGAAUCAGAUGGGACCAGGAAAUAUUCCUCCGCAAAUGAAUCAAAUGGUGCCUGGGCAAAUGGGUCAAUUAGGCGUUGGACAGAUGCAACAAAAUAUGCAGUCCCAGAUGCAGAGCCAAUUACCAGGUCAAAUGAAUAAUCAAAUUACGGGACCAAUAGGCAAUAUACAGACUAGUAUGCCGCAAACGAUGAAUCAGAUUGGUCCUGGACAGUUAGGUCCUGGUCAAAUGCAGCAGCAAUUAAAUCAUAUUCAAAGAAAGCCAGGUGAAAUGAUGAAUACUGGAUUUCCUGGCCCACGUAACGUUACGCCUAAUCAAUUCUUGAGACAGAGUCCGUCUCCUUCAGCUCCAAGUCCAGCUGGCCUAGGAGCACCGUCGAGUAAUCAAAUGGUAGCCUCACCCGCUCUAGUACCAUCACCAAGUCCUCAGCAUGCCAUCAUGACGGGGCCAUCUCGUUCUGUGAAUUCCGUAGGUAUGGCACCAUCUCCAAGCAGUUCAUUAAAUACUCCCGGUGGUGUAGGCGCUACAUCAAGUCCUCAGCAAGAAGAUCAAGUUUACAGAGAGAAAGUCAGACACCUGAGCAAAUAUGUAGAACCAUUACGAAGAAUGAUUACCAGGAUGGGCAACGAUGGAAAUAUCGAUAAACUUAGCAAGAUGAAGAAACUCUUAGAAGUUCUGUCAACUCCUGGCAAACGUAUGGCAUUAGAUACAUUGAUAAAGUGCGAAAUUGUCUUGGAAAAGAUAGACUUCAAAAGAGGGGACGGCUUCGGGGUAUUGUUGAAGGAGCAUCAAAUUUUCAGUUCGCUGCUAGAAGCCGUGAGCACACAUCUCCAAAGUCCGGUAAUCAAUCACACGUUGCAACGUACUUUUGGACCAUGUUCGGAUGCCUUGUUUGGACCAGAGCUAAAAAAUUUGCCACCACCCUUGAAGAGGCAAAAAAUAGAAGAAUCUUCUAGUGAAAUACCGGAUGUAUUACAAGGAGAAGUAGCUAGACUGGACCAACGGUUUAAAAUUAGUCUAGAUGCAGCGCAGCAAAGUGGAUCAAAAUGCAUACAAUUAGUAUGUUGGCUCGACGACCGUCAUCUUCCAUGCGUUCCACCAAUCUCGGUUACAGUUCCCGCAGACUAUCCUUCAACGCCGCCUCGUUGCGUUAUGGCACCGCACGAAUACGAUACAACGACAUUCCUGUGUGCCGUACAGAAAGCCCUGAACGCCCGCAUUGCGAAAUUGCCGCGACGUUUCUCUCUUUCCCAACUGUUGGAUACGUGGGAGAUGAGUGUGCGACAAGCCAGUGCACCAAAGGAAAAGUCUAUUACUGCUAGUACAGUUCUGAUGGGUUUAUAGUACAUAUCGCACAAACGUCUGAAAACAUUUAUACUAGACUAUUGCAAGCAAAUGCUUAUUGACUUUACGAAAGUCUAUAACUAUAUUAUUAUAAUGAAAUAAGCAUAAAGUUCGAAAAUUUAUAUUGUAAUUUUCUUUCGUUAAUAUUGAUAGCGUUUACUAUAAAUCUACUAACUAUAAAUCUAAUUCUGAUAUUACUGUUUCAAAAUAGUAUUUUGGUGUUUAUUAGGCGUUUCGAAAAAUUUUAACAAACUGAACGGCGAGAUUUAAAUUGCUUUGAUUUUCUUAAAUGUAUAUUUACGAAAUUUUGUCCUUUAUACAUACAAGUUUCUCUAUUUACGUGAAAUAUAAGUCACAUGGUUUUUCUACGCGGUAAAAAAUCGCAUAAAUGGCAUCUGCUAAAAUAUACAUAGGAGGAAAGCCCGUAUAUGUUCUAAAAAUAUCUAUUUAAAUAUUAAACUUAUAUAUUAAAGAAAACAAUAGAAGUUCAAAAAAUUUUAUUUUAUUCGUUGUCACUGCCUACUAUAUUCCAAAUUACAAACCAAUUUUUUCCCAUUAAUUCGAAGUUAAUACCCUCGUUAUUAGAAAUAUUUUGCGGUUUUAUAUUCGUUUUAAAGAUACAUUUUCUGUCCGCGUAAAAUAAAGCGUAAAACUGAGAUUGUGUAAAAGAGUACUGGAUGUAUUUACCGCGUAAAUCGAAAUGAGUAAAUAUUUUUCAGUUUAUAUGACUAAUUAUUAAUUAUAUAAAGUGGCAGUUUUUCAAAUAUAUA